ACCUGAUGUCAUUUCCACUCCGGUAACCAAGUCGAGGAAGACAUAGGGUGCACAGAAUAAUCGAACCUCACCUCUAUACGAAUGCCACGUAGUCAUCUCGGUGCAAAACCUCGAGGCCCAGGGUUUAAUUGAGAUGCACACUUUCUCCAAUAGUAAGUCGACACUCAGUGUUCUCAGUUGAUGCUGCAGCCAUGAAACUCCUUCCAACCCUCUCUGGACCCAGAAAUCUACUGGUUCGAACUUUAGGGCGUCGAUACUUCGCGGUCACACCGGAAGAAUACGCCAAGAGAAACUACGCUAACAAUGAGGCUGAAUACAGCACUGUUAUUAUCUCUCUUACUGCUCAGCGAAGGCAUUAUUUGUUGAGGGAUGUUUAUGAUGACAUGAUGCCGGAUGGUGUAAAGCCAGAGAGAGAUACAUUACAUUCACUUCUUAUUGGGACAAUGAAAGGUGCUCACUUGCAAGAUGCUUUCUUUUUCCGCGACGAAAUGAAAACCAUGGGCUUGGUCCCUGAUGUUGCUUUGUACAAUUUCAUGAUAUCUACAUGUGGAAAAUGUAAAAAUUCGGAACAAGCAGUAAGGCUUUUGGAAGAAAUGAAGAGAUUUGAAGUCAAGCCUACUGGACAGACCUAUAUCUGUCUCCUCAAUGCGUGUGCAGCUGCUGGUCAGGUAGAUAGAGUGUAUGCAAUUGUUAGCGACAUGACUGCUGCUGGUCUUGGUCUUAAUAAAUUCUGCUAUGCUGAACUUAUAGCUGCUCACAAGAAUAAGGAACCUGUCACUGAUGAUGUAGCUUCCAAGAUCAAACAUUUGAUGUCCGAAGACCAAUCCUUGAUGAAAGUGUAGAGCAAGUUGAAGUACAAGAGGUUUAUGUUUUGUUAGGGAUGGUUUAAAGACACUGUACAUAUGCUGCAAUGUUAUGUUUCUCUUUUAGGAAUUAUUAAAAAUGAGGUAAUACGAUUCAGAUUGGUUUCUGUUAAAUAUGAUACUUUAGUUCUUCGUAUUAACAAAAAUGUCAAGUAUUUGAUUUGUUUUCGA